AUGGGGAGUGGAAAGACGGGGCGGCGGCGGCGUGCCAGAGUCUCUUGGGCUCCCGUCCCCUGUCAUAAUCAAAUCACAGCCACAACCGACGAGGCUUCAGUUAACAUUCCCAACUUAUUGGCCAAUACAACGAUAAUCAGUGCCUCACCCCGCUCCACUCCAUGCCAGCCCAACAGUCAUGUUAUUGAACACUGGAGAGAAACCGAGCACCACUUUUCACUUGAAUUAGAAAUGCCAAAGGAAAACCAUAGGAUGAUUUCAGAAUCACCAUGGGUUGAAAGAGCAGCUGGCUAUCACGUGAUGGCCGAUUCUGUGGACGUGACUUGGAGCGUCAGAAGGUUUUCUCUAUGUGUAAGAUCCAUUGGUGAUAUUUACUUGAAGAAGUCGGAGUACAACAUGGACCGAAUAUUUCAGAAAAUUGGCCUUGUUAUUGCAUUGAAGAGGCUAGCUCUUACCGCUGAACCACAAAUUCAUGUUCGCUAG